AUGGCCCCAAUCCGCACAGCCAUCAUCGGCCUCUCAUCCUCCGCCAAAACCUCAUGGGCCUCAAACACCCAUCUCCAGUACCUAAACUCCCCCCUCGGUCGAUCAAAGUACCAGAUCGUCGCCCUCCAGAACUCUUCCCUCCAAGCUGCCAAGAACGCUAUAGCGCAUUACAACCUUCCACCUGAGACCAAGGCUUACGGCACUCCAGAAGAUUUAGCUGCUGAUAAGGAUGUUGAGUUAGUCGUUGUAGCUACGCGUGUUGAUGUCCACCAUUCAAGUGCUCUUCCGAGUGUAAAGGCUGGCAAGGACUUGUAUGUUGAGUGGCCUCUUGCGCAGGAUGUUACGCAUGCGAGGGAACUUGUUGAUGCUGCGAGGGAGAAGGGGGUCAAGACGAUUGUUGGAUUGCAGGGACGGUAUGCGCCGCCGAUUAAGAAGUUGCGAGAGAUUGUUAGAGAGGGGAGAAUUGGAAAGAUUGUUAGUGCAGAGCUGUAUGCCUCUGGUGGAACGAAUGACAGGGAGAUCCUGCCCUCGAGUUUGGAGUAUUUUACUCAACGAGCUGUUGGGGGUAAUAUCUUUACCAUUGGUCUUGGACACAUCUUUGAUCAGUUCCAGUACAUCACCGGCGACAUCACAAACCUCAAAAGCACUCUCCACAAUCAACGUCCCAACAUCCGCAUCCGCGACCCAAAAACCAACGAAAUAACCCACACAACAACCUCCGACGUCCCAGACCUCAUCCUCGCAACAGGUCGUCUCUCUGAAUCCCCCACCGCUCAAAAAGACGCCGCCGUCCUCGUCCGCUUCCGCCGCGGCCAGCCCUUCCCCGGCGCUCCUCACCUAAGCAUAGCCAUCGCCGGCGAAAAGGGCGAGAUCAGAGUACAAGUCUUUACCGGGACUACACUCCAUGGUGCUUCGGCGUAUGAGAAGCCUGUUGUUAUUGAAGUACAUGAUUUUGAGAGGGAUGUUGUGGAGGAGGUUGAGUGGAAGUGGGAGGAGUGGCAGCAGGAUAUUCCGCUGUUGGCGAGGGGUGUGGCGGCUGUUUAUGAGGCGUUUGCGGAUGGGGAGGAGGAUGGGGAUGGCUUGGUUAGUUUUGAGGAGGCGUUGAAGAGGCAUGAGCAGCUUGAGGGGUUGCUUGGGCAGUGGGAUGAGGAUAGAGGCGUUUGA